AUGCGGCUGCUUCACACCGCGCGUCUCGAAAUUGUCUACUUCGCAGCCGACAUCCCUCCGUAUGCCAUCCUUUCGCACACAUGGGAAGAUGAGGAGGUCACUUUUCAAGACGUCCAGUCGAGCGAAACAGCAAAGCAGAUGAGAGGCUACGCCAAGCUACAGAAAAUCUGUUCUGUUGCUUCUAGCCAUGGUUUCGAAUACAUAUGGGUCGAUAGCUGUUGUAUCGACAAGACUAGCAGCGCCGAGCUCUCAGAGGCUAUCAACUCCAUGUUCCGAUGGUACCGAGAGGCACAUAUAUGUUAUGCGUACUUGAGCGACGUGUCGUCAAUGAGCUUUUCCUUACAGUCCACGGAGACACAGGGUGGGUGCAACACCGCUGAAGACAUCAGAUCCAGUCGCUGGUUUACUCGUGGCUGGACACUACAGGAGCUCAUUGCCCCAAAAAUGGUUCACUUCUACAAUCAGAACUGGUCAUUCAUCGGGACGCGGAACGAAUCAGCACAGGUUCUCGCCAUGAUCACUUCAAUACCGGACAGUAUUUUGAUUGGCGGUGAGCUAUCACGGGCUCCCAUAAACCAGCGGAUGCACUGGGUAGCUUCUCGUCAGACAACACGCCCAGAGGAUAUCGCAUACUGCCUGCUGGGAAUAUUUGACGUUCACAUGCCCCUACUCUACGGCGAGGGCAGGCAGAAGGCCUUUCGGCGACUUCAGGAGGAGAUCAUCAGGACGUCGGACGACUUGUCGAUAUACUUGUGGAGAAUGCCUGAAGCGAUUGCGAAAGCUCGCGAUCAAGCAUUCUGGGACGUUCUGGCAGAGGAUCCUUUGUGGUUCUCGGACUCCGUUUCUAAUUUCCGGGAGAGUACGAGCGUGACACAGUUGCAAGACUCUUCCGUCAACAUCACCAACAAGGGUGUUGCGGUGAAGUGGCAUAUAGUGCCUCUUCCUUACGAUGACUCCGACACGGUCUUUCUGGCUUUGCUUACGGAAUGCGGGGACAUCCUAAUCCAACGGCGCAACCACGAGGGCUCGGAGUUCUCUCGCAUUGUCCCCCAUCUGGUGGUGUCCAUUGAGAAACGAGGCGAAGAUAUUCGGCUCACUCCCUCGUACGCCGAGGCUAGGGUGGACAUGUCCCUCGGAGAUGUCCAGACUGGCCAGCUGCGUUCGUUCUAUCUGAUGAGGAACACCGCCUCUCAGCAUUUGGACUGGCAGUUUGGUGUUAUGGGGUUCUGCUUCGUGGACUCCGAUUCGAUGCUUCUCCACUCGUCGGAUUUCGCACUGGAUGUCAUGUCUUCCCGUGUGUGGUGUGCACGUAUCCCCGCCGGUUGGAAGCGACCGUGGCAUCCUGCAGGAAAGCGCGAUCUGGCUGUUUCGGGAACGGGGAACAUCAUCAGAAUCCUUGGGGCUCUGAGCCUCAAUUUGAGGGUAACUAACCAAGGAGGGCUCGCGGCGUCAACACGCAGCAUCGAGAUCUACACCAUCGUCUGCGGGUUCGAGCUUCAGCCACAAACUGUCUUUCAAACGCCGGUGACGUGCCAUAGGCCAUUUGCGUACUUCUACGUGGAGGGACCGGAAAAGGCGAUGAAGGCCGCAAGAACGCACGGCGGGUCAAAUGGCAAGUUCUGGUCCAUGGUUCCGGGUGUUGAGGGGGUUACACUGAGACUCGAGAAGACGGCCCGGGUGACGGGUCUCUGGUACGACAUCGUUGUCGACGGCGUGGUGCCGCAUGGCGAGCAAAGGACGUCAUGA